ACAGGGAGGGAGAGAAGUUAAGAGUCCACCUCUGAGCCAUUGUUCUAGUUCUUGAGUUGUGGAGACGCGUCGGGACGCGGCUGCGCUGCUCGGGUACCGGACGGCGGUCUGUCGUUAUGACGGGCUCCGGUCCGAAGCUCGGCGUCCUGCUGCUGGUGGCGGUUCUGCUGCAGACGGUGGUCGUCACCAUCACGGUGCUGCACUUCACCUCGGCUCUGAACUCGAUGAAAGAGACCUUCGCCAGGAGCAGCGUUUCCUGUUUGACGGGCUCUGACCUGCAGAGCAUCACGGCCGUACGAGGAGAUCCAUGCUGGCAGGUCACUCAGCAGCUUCACCUGCUCAUCGAAAAGUCUCUGUCGCAGCGUUACCAGAGGCGGAUUUCAUCAGCAGUGAGAGAUGAGGUGUCCCGUGUGCUGCCCUCACUUGUGAUGGAGGACAGGGCUUCACCUCGCCCCAAAGUUGCCGCUCAUGUCACCGGCAGCUUCGUGCCCACACUGGAGCGCGACAGAGCUCCGGUCCCUGCUGGGCGACGAGUUCAGGGUCAGAAGAUCACAUGGUGGGAGGGUCAGAAGGGUCUGGCCUUCCUCCAGGACGUCCAGCUGCUGGAUGGGGAGCUGGUGGUGUCGCAGCCCGGCCUCUACUACGUCUACGCUCAGACGUACUUCAGGCACACCCACUCCCUGGAGGAGGACGGCGAGGAGGUGGAGGACAGGGGGAAACCCCUGCUGCAGUACGUCUACAAAAAGGUGAACUCCUACCCCGUUCCCAUCCUGCUAAUGAAGACCAGCAGGACGUCCUGCUGGUCCCGGGGUUCCGACUUCUCUCUACACUCCGCCCACCAGGGGGGGCUGUUUCCGCUCACAACUGGUGACCGGCUGUUCGUGACCGUGACCAACGCCUCCGCUGUGGACAUGGAUGAGAAGAGCAGCUUCUUUGGAGCGUUUCUCAUCAGUUAGAGGGUUGAUCGAAGGAAAUCAAGCUUUUGUACGCGUCAGCGUGGACAAACCAUCAAACUGCUGCAGGCGUCAGACUCUCCUGAGACAUCUCUUCUUUUGUCCUACGGGAUAAAAUCUGAACAAAACUUUGAUAACACUGGUUUACAUGGCAGAAGGAGCCCGACAACAGAUUGGGGUUCGUGUGUGGGUAAACUGAGAACAGACCCAACCGUUUCUGUUGUGCAAACAUUUCUUGAAAGCAAAAAUACUCUUGAGUUCUAACAAGAGAUUUUCUGCUUGAUCAAUUCAACGCUGUUCACAAACUCAAACUUAAUAUCACAGAAGAUCCUUCUUGGAGCUGAUUGUCUCCAGCUUCAACCUUUAAAACAACCUGCAAAAGUGAAAUAGUGGUGAAAGGUUUUUUUAAGGGAAAUCCCUCAGUUACUUCUAAAUUCAUAUUUUGCAUCACAAGUUUAAUCUGUCGUUUGCCUGGUGCCCACCUAGAAGGUUGUUUUCUUUACUAUUUUACAAAUUUAUCACAUUAAAUAUUCAUAUUUAUAUCCCGUAAACCCUUUAGGCAACUGAGCAUCAUAAGGACUGUGGAGACAUUAAACUUUAACUUCAGAAUGUACUAAAUUACCUCCAUACUCCCUGAAAUAAUUUAAAAUUAUAUAGAAAAAUAAUUGUGUGUGCCAUCAUGCAGACACAAAAUCAUAUAGAGAUGGUUAAUUUGAAUAUAGCACAAACGAUUGAUAUCAAUUGUGUUUUUUAGUAUGCAAAUUCAGGUAAUUCGGCAUAAUAGGACAUCACUCUGACCACCAGAUGACUGGAAAAGGCUUUCAGUACAAUUGUUAUUGUGUUUGUCAAAGAUACAUCAGUUUUC